CUUCGACUCCAGUUCGGCUGUUAUGCCAAUAAUCGCUGAAAUACAAAAGCUACUCACUACGUUACUAGUAAUUUUCUCGCUUUAUUCGAUAUGGUACAUUAUUGUCAAACAGGAUAUUAUUGAUAGGGACAGAAUACAACGAAGGAGACGUAAACAGCUUGCACGUCGGAAACGAGAGUCGGAACAUUACGAGCAAUUGCGCACCCAGCAAAAUGGGACAGGAACAACAAUGACCAACUGACUAAUACUCUUAAUUGAGGAAGUUACUGGAAUUACAUUUUCUUACAACAACUAUGGAUUGCAAUUGUUUAACACAUUUUUCAUGUUGUCCUCACUCACUCGAGUUUUUUACCAUAUUUUUACCUAGCUCGAAGCACGUAGUGCUUAGUGGGAUGUUACACAGACUUCUUGAUUUCCCCUUUGUUGAUACAAAACCAAAACAGAGCCGUAAGUUACAACAAAGGAUUAGAUCAUAAC